AUGGAGUCGACCACGUGGCAGGACUGUUUUGAAUGGAGAAUUUGGCGGGAUACGUUCACCACAGAGGUGCGGGCAGUGGAGAGGCGGUCAUCUGGCCCAUUUUUAUCUCGAGCUCAAGGCGAGGGCGCUUGGGGCAGGUUCGGCCGGCCGUCGGCUAUUGACACUCCAAUUUGCCCACUUCUCCCCAUUGUGCGUAACUUUUUUUAUGCCACGGUCAACGAACUGACCGCUAAAUCCAAUGAAAUUAUUGGCUUUACCAACAUGAAGUGCUCUUUCUUACGUGUAGAGCCAGAAUUUCCUAACGCAAUAUAG